AUGACUACCCAACGCCGCAAUCAAAUCCUCUUGAGCACUCCUCGCACGGCCUCCAAUCUCUUGAUUACAAUCCUCAAUCUCGAAAAUCAACCAAACAUCUACACAACCGAGGCAUCCAAACACGGCUAUUUCUUCCUCGAGAGCCACCACACCCGAGACUAUCUCUUCGCCGCCGAUUCGCCACAUAUGAAAGAUUGGACGCAAGAAGAUAGAAAGAAAUCUCUUGCAGCCCAUCAAUCCUGCUUCGAAACUCUGCGUGAUCAUGCUAUUGCCGCGGAAUCGGAAGGGAAAUUCGCUUAUGUUAAAGAACAUGCGUCUUGGCUCAUAAAUCCUGUUGCACUGACGAAAUUCAUUUACGAUGAUGAAGUUGGGGAAGAGGGAUGGACUGUGAAAGCUUAUGACAGUCAAACACGUUCCAUCGGCAAUGACACGCUUCUACCAGAUGAAUUCUUGAAGGAAUGGAUGCCAACAUUUUUAAUUCGCCAUCCUGCAUUGGUUAUCCCUUCAUUACUCAGAGCUCGUCAUGAUGUGGAAGGAUUAGAAUUUGCGAAAAGGGAGUGGAAAUUUCGGAAAUUGCAAAUGACUAUGAAAUGGUCGAGGGAUUUGUACGAUUGGUAUUGUUCUCAAGGUACUGAGGAGCCAAUCGUUUUGGAUGCUGAUGAUAUCAUGACGAAUCGUGACAUCAUGGUUAAAUAUGCAAAAAUGAUAGGAGCAGAUCCUACGAGAUUGAAGUUUUCGUGGGACAUGGAGUCGACCGAGCAAGACUGGGGAGAAUUAGCGGCUGUUUGGAAAAGAAUGAGAUCUACGUUGCAAUCUUCUUCUGGGAUUUUGGAAGGAAAAACUUCGUCUGGGCUAGUUGUUGAAAAAGAGGUGGAGAAGUGGAAAGAAGAAUUUGGAAGUGAGAUUGCGGGGAAUUUGGAGACUUGGUAUACAGAAUUGUCUCUUUCACGCGUAUGCAUAGCACCUGUUUGGUACAACGGCGAAGUCUAUAACUGGGGAAAGGCACCAUGCAUUGGAGCUGUCAUUGCGAAGGUCGAAAUCAAUCCGGAUGCCAUACUUAUUGCCUUUAUGCUCGACGAUGAGCGAUCAAUGGGCACGCUCCGCGGUCCUGUGCAUGGUAUUCAUAUUCUGAUUAAAGAUUUAAUCGCCACAAACGAUAACAUGAACAAUACUGCUGGAUCCUACGCACUAAUUGGGGCCAAAGUGCCUGCAGAUUCAACCAUCGCGAGGAAACUUCGAGAAGCUGGAGCCAUUAUCCUAGGAAAGACAAAUCCCAGUCAAUGGGGUCAUUUCAGAUCAUUCAAUAUUAGUAACGGCUGGUCAGCUCGUGGUGGACAAACUUAUGGUCCAUAUUAUCCCCGGCAAGAUCCCUCUGGUAGCUCGAGUGGUAGCGCGGUGGCAGCGACACUGGGAUUAGCAACGGUUUGCUUGGGCGCGGAAACUAGUGGUUCAAUCAUAGCACCUUCUCAUUACAACAACAUCGUUGGCAUGAAGCCAACUGUACCGUAUGGAGCCGAUAGGGAUUUUGUCAAUGCGUGCAAUUUUUCGGCUCUCAAAGGUGCUCGAUUGGGCAUUCCUCGAGAUGUGAUUUCACUCAUGUCAAAUAACCGUACGGGAUCAAUGCUUGAGGCUUUCAAUAAAUCUUUGGCGAUUCUACGAUCAGCUGGCGCUAUUAUUCUCGAGGACACCGAUUUUCCAGCUGCACAAGAAUCCAUCGAUAAUGGUUUACUAACCGUUCAAAUUGUAGAAGCGGAUUUUGUUGUGGCCGUGGAGAAAUAUCUAAAUACACUAGUGUACAAUCCUCACAACAUAACAGACUUAGCCGAUCUACGCGAGUGGACUCAAUUUAGCCCAAUAGAGGACUAUCCAAAAAAACCUACGGAUGUUUGGGAUGCCGCACUACAGAACUGGAAUAACACCGAUUAUGAAUUUUGGCGUGCUUACCAACGGGCCCUAUACUGGGGCAAUCAAGGAGGCUUAUUGGGGGUAAUCGACCGAUACAAACUCGACGCUGUUAUUUUACCGUCUUUGUUCUCUUGGAGCUGGGCUGCUGUUGUUGGCGCGCCUGUUAUCUCGAUUCCGAUGGGAGCAAUGCCGUCGGAUCAGCCUAUGGUAUCUGAUGCUGAUGGAUCAGUAUCUGCGGGACCUAAUAUUCCAUUCGGCUUCAGUUUCUUGGUAGCAAGAUUUACGGAUACAAAACUCAUUGGGUUAGCAUAUGCCUUUGAGCAAAAAACAAUGAAAAGGAGAACGGUACAUCCGUAUAUUAAGCCGGGAACCGAUCUUUUAGAUGUGGUUGGGAUGCAUGGCAGUUAG